UAGUCCAUUCCUGGGUUAAUCAGCGACUCCCGUCCAGUCCUCCCCCGUGUGCUUCUGCCUCCCCGUCCCACCCCCUUCUCUUCUCCUGCGCCAACAACGCCAGGCAGGAUACUCCCUUGUCGUCUCGGUCGGUGACGCGAGCGAAUCGCGUGGUGCUAGGGGCAGGAGGAGUUAGUCCGGCCGGGGGUAGCGCCCGCCGCAGGUGCAUGGUGGAAGCCGCCGCAGGACGCCGGUCGGGCACCAGCCGUCGGCGGCCUAGCGGCGGAGGGGAGCAGCAGCGCCUGGUCGCCGUCGCGCUUGCGGCGCACGUCGUCAUGGUCACGUCCGCCCCCGCCGCGGGGGCCGCUGGGGAAGGAGGAGGAGGCGCCGGCGCCGGCGGGCGGUGCCUCGAGGACCUCCUCGGCUGCCUGCUCGGCGUGCUCCGCGCGCUCGGCGUCCCGUGGGCCGCGCCGCGCCCGCAGAGGCAGCCGCGCCCGGUGCCGCCGCGCGGGGGGGCCGUCCCGGCGCCGGCGGACGUCCGGCGCUUCGCGGCGGAGCUGAGGCGGAUCCCCGGCCGGAUCGCCAGCAAUGGCGCCUGCUCUGUCGCGUCGCUGUACACGAUGCAGGGGAAGAAGGGCGUGAACCAGGACGCGAUGGUCGUCUGGGAGAACUUCUGUUCAAGAGAUGAUACCAUCUUUUGUGGUGUGUUUGAUGGUCAUGGACCUUAUGGCCAUUUGGUUGCUAAGAGAGUGAGAGAUCUUCUUCCUGUAAAGCUUGGAGCGGAUUUGGGCACAGAUGAGGCUAGAGAGACAUCCACUACCAACAUGAAAAGCAACACAAAUCAAGCAGGUCUACCUGUAAACCCAGAGAGAACAAAAACUACCAGUACCACUUCCACUGGAGCUGAGCAGAAUGGGGAACACCCCGAGAUCUUCACAACAUUGAGAACUUCAUUCUUGCGAGCUUUUCACAUAAUGGACAGGGAUCUGAAAUUACAUAAAAAUAUCGACUGUUUCUUCAGUGGAACAACUGCAGUGGCAGUGCUCAAACAGGGGCACAAUCUUAUAAUAGGCAACUUGGGGGACUCAAGAGCUGUCUUAGGCACUAGAAACGAAGAUCAUCAGCUCAUUGCUGUACAAUUGACAGUUGAUCUCAAACCUAACAUUCCAAGUGAAGCGCAGCGAAUCAGGCAACGCAGGGGCAGAAUAUUUGCACUUCCUGAGGAGCCAGAGGUUGCUCGUGUUUGGCUUCCGAAGUACAAUUCACCUGGUUUAGCCAUGGCAAGGGCAUUCGGAGACUUCUGUCUAAAGGAGUAUGGUCUAAUUUCUAUGCCUGAUGUCUUCUGUCACCAUGUCACAGAAAAGGAUGAAUUUAUCGUGUUGGCGACUGAUGGGGUGUGGGAUGUGCUGUCAAACACCGAAGUUGUUAGCAUCGUCAAAAGAGCCACUUCUCGGGCUUCUGCAGCACGCUGCGUGGUUGAAUCAGCUAACCUUGCCUGGCGUACGAGGUAUCCCACAUCUAAAGUUGAUGAUUGUGCUGUCGUCUGUCUCUUCCUGAAUACACAUGAUGCAAAUGAAACAUCUAGUUCCGCAGCCAACAAUUUGGCAAGUGAUGUUGAAGUUAGUGGUGAUCAGCACUCAACAAGUGUCCAACUGAGCACUGGAGUAUCCGAUGCCGUUACUGCACUGGUGAAAGACAAAGAUGAGCUGUCUGUUAUUGACGCAGUCGCAAAACCGGCCACCAUCUCAGAUUUGACGAACGAUGUUUCAGGCGCUAAGGAAAGCAUCAUGUGAGCUUUCCAUCUUUCCUGUGAUUGGACAUCUGUUGGACGGCGAUUUGUGCUGUGUGGAUGGUGUGCGCCCAUUCAAAAUUCCGAGACUGAUCCCUGUUUUUAUGAGCGUGUCGGAAUUCGCUGCUUGCUAUUUUCUGCAUGCAAGUGUGAGUAGGGUUUAAGUUUUUUGCCUUUUGUAAGUAUGAUGUCAGUUUUAGCGUGAUCUGCUGUAUUUCUUUGUAAUAGUUUUGGUCUUGUCAUUGUUGACCUAUGAUGAUAAUCAUAGUAUCCAUAUAGGAAGAAGCCUUUUAAGUUUUCACCCUUUGGAAAUAUUCAUUCGAUUUACGUUCA